CAACAACAGGCUGACUUUUGCCCCUUGGAAACGCGCAGCUUUCGUGACUGCAUGAGCUACCAUCUAUAUGCAGCACAGUAAAUCAAAGAACAGCGCGUGUAACUUUCUCAUUUAACCACACCCUUUGAGCUAUGACGCCAACCAAUAUGAUCACUUCUCUUCAGUUUAAACGGAAGUGAACAGUGACCAUAAACAUUUUCCACGUUAGCGUUUUUGUUGUUAUUUCGACCUUUAUUUAAACCAUGUAACUCCAAAUAUGACUAAUUUAGCGGCACAGCAUCACAUACUUUUCCCAGGUAGUGUUUAGUUCGUGUUGGAGACAGGACUUGGCUGAUAGAUGUUAUCUAGCUGCUAACGUUAGCUAACAAUGGCUAACUGUAUGGUUUUUCACACUCAAAUAACUUCCAUCAUGGAGGUGCUAGCGAAUGCAGCCGUGGCAGAGAUCUGUAAACUCGUAGACGACGACUAUGCAGUGUUUCGAUUGGAAAUGUCUCAAAGCCAGAAAGAAAACACGGCAUUGCGGAGGAAACUACAGCUUCUGGAACUGAAGGUGUCACGGGAGCGCGCAGAGAGGACAAUGCGAGAGCGCGUCCCCGGCAGUCGUCCCAGUAGUGUCAAGAUACUCGACCGAUACAGAGGAAUGGCUAGAGGACAUCUCACUGGAGGCCACAGCAGCUUUGUUAAGCCAGCGGGGCGCAAUAGAUGGAGAGAUGACCAAUCAAUCACUGUUGAUGAGGGGAGUGGAACCUCAACCAAGGACGUUAUCGUGAUAGAGCCUGCAGAUGCAGAGACUGCAGGUCCUAGAGUCAAGCUGGAGAAGGCUGAAGGACAGGAGGAUCCACGGCACAGCAGAAACAUCCAGACUGGAGCGGUUGGAGUGUCCCCUAUAGCUACGGAGGACUCCACCCCAGCACCGCCUAGGACCCAACGCAGCAUCACGGAGGUCAGUGGAAUGCCGAACGCCGUCUUCAAGUCAGAGACAGACAAGGAGACUUUAACACACAGGCUCUUACAUACAGGAUCUGACUCAGAGAGGCUGGGGCCACUGGGCUGUCCUCCUGCUCCCGGCUCAGAGUACUUUCCGGUAUUUCACCAGAGCCAGGUUCAUUCCCGUGGAGAUGGUGAUGGUGACACCUUAGACACUGGUGGUGAUGAUCCGUCUUGUUCUUACACUACAGAGAUGGACCCUGGCAACAUGCUCUUGUCUUUAGAGACACAGACGGAUCUGUCUAGAGGGGACUGGAACCGGUACAGUAGUAGUGUAUACUCUGAAGGGUGCCUAGAUAAGAAAGGAGAGGUUAUAGUCGUAGAUGAAGUGGAUGGAGAUGUUCCUCUGACAUGGAAUGCAGACCAGACUCACUUAGGAGGACACUCACAAGGCAGAGAUUUCUUAGAUAAGGAAAGCUUAGAGACGAAUCCAAAUGUCGCCACCCACUCCCCUUUACACGCGUUCAGGGAUCGCAACCCUGUGUCCACAUCAAUGGGGUCUUCGAAUUCCCACAGCCGUGUCCUUUUCAAUCAGCUAUUGAAUUCAAAGGACCAAAGGGCCCAGGCUCAGGGAGGGGGAGGAACAUCAGGUAAUAGUAAAGAGAAACCUUUCCUCUGCAUGUUCUGUAACAAAGGCUUCAGCUGCCUCCAGAAGGUGGAGAUCCACCAGAGGGUCCACACCGGGGUGAAACCCUUCAGCUGUACCCAGUGUCACAUGCGCUUUGCCCAGGCUGGCAACCUAAAGAUCCACCAGAGGGUCCACACAGGGGUGAAACCCUUCAGCUGUACCCAGUGUCAUAUGCACUUCUCUCAUUCGUCCAGCCUGAAGAGGCACCAGAGGAUCCACACAGGAGUGAAAUCCUUCAGCUGCCCCCCAGUGUGAAAAUAGGUUUUCCCACCAGCACCAGCUGAAGAUGCACCUGAAGGUCCACACGGGAGAAAGGCUGUUUGCGUGUACGCACUGCGGGAAGAGGUUUUCAGAGAGGAGCUACCUCAGUAUACACCAGCUGAAAAACCAUUCCACUCUAUACCUGAAACCCUACAUUAAAGUCAAAGAUUAAUUUUUAUUUCAUUGUCAGGGCAAAAAGGUCCACAGAUGCCUUUGUAAUAACAAAAGUAACACAUUUCAGUGAUGAAUAUUCCUGGGUAGAAUAUUGCAUUCAGCCAUUGUGUCAUAUGUGGCAUAUAUAAACAUAUACAGUGCCAGUCAAAAGUUUGGACACACCUACUCAUUCAAGGUUUUUUAUUUAUUUUUACUAUUCUCUACAUUGUAGAAUAAUAGUGAAGACAUCAAAACUAUGAAAUAACACAUGGAAUCAUGUAGUAACCAAAAAAAGUGUUAAACAAAUCAAAAUAUAUUUGAGAUUCUUCAAAGUAGCCACCCUUUGCCUUGACAGCUUUGCACACUCUUGGCAUUCUCUCAACCAGCUUCAUGAGGAAUGCUUUUCCAACAGUCUUGAAGGAGUUCCGACAUAUGCUGAGCACUUGUUGGCUGCUUUUCCUUCACUCUGCAGUCCAACUCAUCCUAAACCAUCUCAAUUGGGUUGAGGUUGGGUGAUUGUGGAGGCUUGGCGGGACUAUCAUAUCAUAGGAUUUCACUCCAGCGUGGAUCCUCUGGUGCCUCUUCAGGCUGGACGAAUGACACAGCACUCAUCUCUCAUUCUUGGUCAAAUAGCCCUUACACAGCCUUGAAGUGUGUUUUGGGUCAUUGUCCUGUUGAAAAAUAAAUGAUAGUCCCACCAAGCCCAAACCAGAUGGGAUGGCAUAUCG